AUGUGGAGGGUGGUGGCUAAUGUCCUGCCAAGGGCCAAAGUCCCCGGAGGCAGGGUGUGCUGCCUGCCACCAGCACAGAAGAGCAGGAGCCUGCUCACCGAGACCACUUGGUAUUGCCAGCGGGGUGCUGCGCUGGGGGUCCAUGCCACCCGGACACUCAGCAUGACCCCAGGGAUACAGAAGGUGGAAGCUUUGGACACAGGUCAUUUCAUCCGUGUGGAGUGGGAGGACGGGAGCGAGAGCUGCUACCCCUGCGUCUGGCUGAGGGACAACUGCCAGUGUCCCCGCUGCUUCCUGCACUCGGCCAGGGCGCGCAAGCUGGUCUUCAAGGACCUGGACGUGAACAUUGUGGUGAAGGAAGUCACUCUGGCAGAUAGAAAAAAGAUCUCUAUUACAUGGCCUGAUGAACACGCAAGUGAAUAUGAAGCUGAGUGGUUGAAAAAAAGAUGUUUCUCUGAAGAAGCCAGAGCAGAAAUGCGAGAAGAUUUGUUUUUACCAGAACGCCAGUACUGGGGUUCAGACCUGCAACUUCCCAAAAUACCUUUUGAAGAAGUCAUGUGCGAUGAUGAAAGCACAUACAAGUGGCUGUGCACCCUAAAGAAAGUAGGAAUCGUGCUACUAACAGGAGCUGCUCCUAGGCAGGGAGAGUUGGUUAAACUUGGCCACAGGAUUGGGUUCCUGCGUCUCACUUUUUAUGGGCCAACUUGGCAAGUGCAAGACAAAGCAGAUGCUAACAAUGUGGCUUAUACGACCGGGAAAUUAUGUUUUCACACUGAUUACCCCGUUCUGCAGCAUCCACCUGGGGUUCAGUUUCUCCACUGUAUAAAGCAAACAGCUACAGGAGGUGAAAGUGAAGUUGUAGAUGGAUUUCACAUAUCCAACAAGCUAAAAACCCAAAAUCCUCAAGCGUAUCAGAUCCUGUCCUCUACUGCUGUAGACUACACAGAUGUGGGGGUGGACUACUGUGACUUUGCUGUGCAGUGUAAACAAAGGAUUAUAGAUGUAGAUUCCAGAGGCCAAGCAGUUCGCAUCAAUUAUAAUAAUGCAACAAGAGACACAGUGUUUGACAUACCAGUUGAAAAAGUGAGGCCAUUUUAUGCAGCUCUAAAGGAAUUUGAUGAUUUAUUAAACAGUGCAGAACACAAGUUUACUUACAAGCUGAAACCAGGAGACAUAGUGACGUUUGAUAACUGGCGCGUGCUCCAUGGUCGCCAAAGCUACGAGUCAGGAUCAGAAGUGACUCGUCACCUGGAAGGUGCCUAUGCAGACUGGGAUGUGGUCAUGUCAAGGCUCCGGCUCCUCAGGAAGAGAGUCCUGAAUAGGGACUGAGCUUUCUUCUAACUAGAAUGAGCAAAACCUAGA